AUGGCGUCGUCGGCGGCCAUGGCUGGUGGUGCAACAGGCUCGCGUACUAUCGCGCUUGUGCUUUUGUUGUUGGUUGUGCUUGCGUGCGGCGGCAAUGGUGGUGGUGGCUUCGCCGCGGCGGCCGCCGUGUUCACCGGGUGCUCGUUCGAGAGCCAGGAGGAGGCGGAGGCGUUCGAGGCCGCGCUGCUGCAGCAGGCGUGCUUCAACGUCACGUCGACGUCGGGCAGCGGCGGGGGAGGGAGCGAGGGCUGCGUGUCGCGCAUCGACACGGCGCGCGGCGGCGCCGGGAGCGGGCCCGUGCCGGUGCUCCGCGCGGCGCUGCGGGACACGCUCGGCGAGGCGGUGGGCGCUGUGGCGGCCGUGGCGGGGCUCGCGUCGCUGUCCAACCACGCGCGCGAAGAGAUGGCCGUGCGGGACUGCGUCGAGCUGCUGGGCUACUCCGUCGACGAGCUCGGGUGGGCGCUCGACGCCAUGGCCGAGCCCGACGUCGUCGCCGCGGCGGAGGAGACGGCGACCAGCGGCGGCGCGCGGCGCCGCGCCGAGGACGACCUCCACGCCUGGCUCAGCGCGGUGCUGGUCAACCAGGACACCUGCGUCGAGGGCUUCCACGGCACCGACGGCCGCCUCCUCCGCCGCGUGGAGGAUGCGGUGGCGCAGCUCUCCCAGCUCGUCACCAACCUCCUCGCCAUGCACAAGAGGCUGCGCAGCAUCACGCCGCAGCACCACCAGCACCACCACAAGAACGGCACGGACUCCGGCCCGUCGUCGGAGCUGCCGCCGUGGGUGACGGACGUCGACGACGAGGAGCUCGCGCGCGCGAAGCCCGGGGCCGGCCGGAAGGCGAUGCGCGUGGACGUGGUGGUGGCGCAGGACGGGAGCGGGCGGUACCGGUCCGUGAGCGAGGCGGUGGCGCGGGCGCCGAGCCACAGCAAGAGGCGGUACGUGAUCUACGUGAAGAGAGGCGUGUACCAGGAGAACGUGGAGGUGAGGAAGAAGAAGACCAACAUCGUGAUCGUCGGCGAGGGGAUGGGCGAGACGGUCAUCACCGGAAGCCGGAGCAUGGCCGGCGGCUGGACCACCUUCCGGAGUGCCACGUUUGCGGUGUCGGGCGCGGGGUUCAUCGCGCGGGACGUGACGAUCCGGAACACGGCGGGGCCGGCGGCGCACCAGGCGGUGGCGCUGCGCGUCGACUCCGACCGCUCCGCCUUCUUCCGCGUCGCCGUCGAGGGCCACCAGGACACGCUCUACGCCCACUCGCUCCGCCAGUUCUACCGCGACUGCCGCGUCUCCGGCACCGUCGACUUCGUCUUCGGCAACGGCGUUGCCGUCAUCCAGCGCACCACCAUCUCCACCCUCGCGCUCGCCCCGGGCCAGACGGCGGGGAGCGUCACGGCGCAGGGGCGGCGGGACCCCAACCAGAACACCGGCUUCUCCCUCCACAACUGCGUCGUCGAGGCCAGGUUCCCGACCUACCUCGGCCGGCCGUGGAAGCCCUUCUCCCGCGUGGUCGUCAUGGAGUCCUACCUCGGCGCCGGCGUGCAGGCGCAGGGGUGGAUGGAGUGGGACGGCGACGCCGGCGGCGACCUCGCCACGCUCUUCUACGGGGAGUACCGGAACUACGGGCCGGGCGCCAACGUCGGCGGCCGGGUGCGGUGGCCCGGGUACCACGUGAUCAUGGACGCCGCCGUCGCCGCCCGCUUCACCGUCCGGCGGUUCAUCGACGGCCUCGCCUGGCUGCCCUCCACCGGUGUCACCUUCACCGCCGAUCUCAUCAGGAAGUGACCACACACAUUAAAAAAUAAUCAAAUUUUCAGUUGGUUUGGUUAAUUAAUUAUAUUUGGACACCGGAAUAUGUUAUUUUUGGAUCUAUACAGUUAUACACCAAUCUAGUUAUACGACGCAUAGCUCAUAUGGAUUUAUGUAAUUAUGACACAAUGUCCAAUCUACAUGUAAACAUACUCCAAAGAAGAUUUUCUCUAGAUAGUUCUAGAGGAUUUUGGGAGCAUUGUUUUAGAU